CGUCUUUUAUAUUAAAGGAAACGUUAUUGGUGGUUUGAAAUUUUUAGCAGUCUUAGCUCAGUUUCUGGCACCUCAACAAUAAACAAGUUUUUUUAGUUACAACUUUUAGUAUAAAUUUUUGGAUUAAAAUAUGGAAUCCUUGUUAGUCUUGAAUAUUCAGUGAGUAAAGGUGUCAACGAUGAUGAUGCUAAAGGUUUUUGCCAUUGCAAUCCUGACGGUGGUCCUUGUGGAGUCAAAACCAAGUCCAAAACCAGAGCCGGUUCCCGAAGCGGAUUUUGGUUCAAUUUCUUUUUCAGGUUCUUCUGAACACUUUGGGCACGGCGGAUUUGGCGGAUAUGGUGGAUAUGGCGGGUAUGGAGGAUAUGGUGGAUAUGGCGGAUAUCGAAGAUAUCGUCCAUGGGGUGGUUACGGUUAUGGAUAUCACUAUGAUUGAUUUUCAAACUUAUAGAUAUUAAUUGUGCUUCAAUGCUCAACUCAUUAAAUAUAAACAUAAAUAUAAACACAAAUAAGUGAA